AUGGGUCAGGGCGAGGCCAAGAAGAAGGAGGGCUUGAAGAGGAAGAAGUCGAAGAAGGAAAUAAAACAAGAAAAAAAAUUGGAGAUUGAUGAUUUAAAGAAAGAGGUUGAUAUGGACGAUCACAAGAUAACUCUACCUGAAUUAGCUCAAAGACUAGGGACAAACCUGGAGACAGGCCUAACUCUUCAAAGGGUGAAAGAAAUUCAAGCGAGGGACGGCCCAAACGCCCUAACUCCCCCUAAAACUAUCCCCGAGUGGAUGAAGUUUUGCAAGAAUUUGUUCGGUGGGUUUUCCAUACUGCUGUGGAUCGGAGCGAUACUCUGCUUCACAGCCUACUCCAUUCUCGUCUCCACCACUGAAGACCCGUCGAAGGACAAUUUAUAUCUUGGCAUCGUUUUAACGGCAGUAGUCGUGAUUACUGGAAUCUUCAGUUAUUACCAAGAGGCCAAGAGUUCGAAAAUAAUGGAGUCCUUCAAAAAUCUUAUUCCUCAGUUCGCAGUGGCAGUCCGCGAGGGAGUGAAGUACAACAUUCACGCGGAGGAACUCGUUGUCGGUGACGUCAUAGAGGUCAAGUUCGGUGACCUCAUUCCGGCCGACAUCCGGAUAAUCAAUGCACACGGAUUGAAGGUCGACAACUCAUCGCUGACUGGUGAGUCAGAGCCUCAGACCAGAUCACCCGAGUACACGAACGACAACCCUCUAGAAACAAAAAACCUUGCAUUCUUCAGUACGAAUGCAGUCGAAGGAACCGGAAAAGGAGUAAUAAUCUCGACAGGGGAUCGAACGGUUAUGGGGCGAAUAGCGAACCUGGCCUCUGGACUCGAUACCGGUAAGACGCCCAUCGCCAGGGAGAUCGAACAUUUUAUCGAGUUGAUAACCGCAGUUGCGGUAUUUUUGGGCGUGUCCUUCUUCAUCAUCGCCUUCAUACUCGGCUAUAAUUGGCUGGAUGCUGUUCUAUUCCUCAUUGGGAUAAUCGUCGCAAAUGUACCUGAAGGCUUAUUGGCUACAGUUACAGUAUGCUUGAGUUUAACGGCUAAAAGAAUGGCUAUUAAGAAUUGCUUGGUGAAAAACUUGGAAGCUGUUGAAACUCUGGGCUCGACAUCAACGAUAUGUUCGGACAAAACUGGAACGCUGACACAGAACAGGAUGGCCGUCGCCCACAUGUGGUUCGAUGAAAGGAUUGUCGAAGCGCGAAUGAGUGACGAUAGACAGAACGUCGACUACGACCACACGUCACCAACGUGGCACGCCCUCUCACGUGUGGCGAUGUUGUGCAACAGGGCAGAGUUCAAGGCCGACCAAGGUCAUUUGCCCAUCAUCAAAAGGUCAGAUACUGGGGCACCGGAGCGAAUAUUCGACCGAUGUACUCGAGUGUUGGCGCACGGCAAGGAGCAUCUCUUGGACGAACAGUGGAGUGAGGCAUUCAACCGAUCCUACCUCGAACUCGGCGGUAUAGGGGAGCGAGUUUUGGGCUUCUGUGACCUACUUCUGCCCGCUGACGAGUACCCCGCUGGUUAUCAGUUCGACGCGGAAGCUGAAAACUUCCCACUGACCGGCCUGAGAUUUGUGGGGCUCAUGUCCAUGAUUGACCCUCCGAGGCCUGCCGUGCCCGACGCUGUCAGUAAAUGCAGAAGUGCUGGCAUCAAGGUCAUCAUGGUCACUGGAGAUCAUCCAAUCACAGCGAAGGCAAUAGCGAAGGGGGUGGGCAUAAUUUCUGAUGGCAACGAAACCGUUGAAGAUAUCGCACUAAGGCUGGAUAUCCCGCUUUCUGAAGUCAAUCCAAGAGCGGCUAGAGCCUGCGUCAUCCACGGCAGCGAUCUGCGCGACAUGACGCCGGCACAAAUCGACGAAAUUCUCGCAAACCACAGCGAGAUUGUGUUCGCGAGAACCUCGCCACAGCAAAAGCUCAUCAUCGUUGAAGGCUGCCAGCGUCAGGGCGCCAUUGUGGCUGUCACUGGCGACGGUGUUAACGAUUCGCCGGCCCUGAAACAAGCUGAUAUUGGUGUCGCUAUGGGAAUAGCCGGAAGUGACGUAAGCAAGCAGGCGGCCGAUAUGAUUUUACUGGAUGAUAAUUUUGCAUCCAUUGUGGUUGGAGUCGAAGAAGGGAGACUUAUAUUUGACAAUCUGAAGAAAUCUAUAGCAUACACGUUAACGAGUAACAUCCCUGAAAUCAGUCCCUUCCUGCUGUUCAUGCUGGCAGACAUCCCACUGCCGUUGGGGACUAUAACCAUUUUGUGUAUUGAUUUAGGUACGGAUAUGAUUCCAGCAAUUUCGUUGGCUUAUGAGCAGCCAGAAAGCGAUAUCAUGAAGAGGAUGCCCAGAGACCCGCACAGAGACAAAUUAGUCAAUCAUAGAUUGAUCGGAAUGGCGUACGGACAGAUAGGGAUGAUCCAGGCAAGUGGGGGAUUCUUCACCUAUCUCGUCAUCAUGUCAGAGAAUGGUUUCCUGCCAAUGAGGCUGCUGGGAUUGAGAAGGGAUUGGGACUCGAAGUCGGUCAACGACCUUGUAGAUUCGUACGGCCAGGAGUGGAGUUACGCACAGAGGAAAGUGUUGGAAUACACGUGUCACACAGCGUUCUUCGUGGCCAUCGUCAUUGUCCAGUGGACUGACCUCAUCAUCUGCAAGACUCGGAGGAACUCCAUUGUACACCAAGGAAUGCUAAAUCACCAUUUAACAUUUGGUCUUUUCUUCGAGACGUCAUUGGCUGCCGUCCUGAGCUACUGUCCCGGCAUGGACAAGGGCCUGCGUAUGUACCCUCUCAAAUGGUCUUGGUGGUUCAUAGCGGCUCCAUUCUCAAUCGCGAUCAUAGUCUAUGAUGAGAUCCGAAGAUACAUUUUAAGAAGAAGUCCUGGUGGCUGGCUUGAGAGGGAAACUUACUACUGAUUGAUUGCUUGGUUGAUUGAUUGAUUGAUUGGUUGAUUGAUUGGUUGAUUGAUUGAUUGGUUCAUUGGUUGAUUGAUUGGUUGAUUGACUGAUUGAUAUGUUGGUUGAGUAAAUGAUUGAUUCAUCGGUUGAUGAAUGAAUGUGCGUAUAUUUUCAUUUUUUAAUUUCUUUUAGAAUUUAAAACCUUUAAUUAAUUAAUUAAUUAACUAACUAAUUAAUUAAUCAAUUAAUUAAUUAAUUAGAGAUAGAUGAUGAUUCAGAUAGAUAAUUAAAUAAAUUGACGACACUACAAAA